AUGAGAUUACAAACCGAUUUGAAUGCUCCUUUUGCAAGAAGACAUGGGUUACCUGUUCAAGCACUCGCACUUAUUUUUAUCGACACGCUGGGAAAUGCUGCGAUUCUUCUGAACUUAUCACUGUUUUCUGAAUCUGUUGACAGCCCUCAAAGAAGCAUUGAUGAAUCAAUUUUACGUGCCCUAAGACAAUCAGGCGGUUAUACCUGUGAGAGAAACAAAGCCCUGUGGAUUGCAGAUAGUUUGAAAUUACAACCAUUUGCAUUACUGGGCGACAAUCAAGUGGAAGAAAUUGCUCUAACCCACUGCGACAAUCUUAUGCCUUUGAUCGCCAAGAGUCAGGACCACCGUUUUUGCGUCAAACAUGUCACAGCUGGCAAGGAACGUGUAUGGGAUAACAGUCUUAUAUCAACAAAUGCAAAUUCAACAACGAAUAUCGAAGCAAAUCUCAUGUCGAUCCAAAAUUACGGGCCUUACGCCCAAAAACUAUCCAAACGAUGCUACAAGCAGUUGGAUAUCAACUCCUGUCAAUUAUUGAACGACGACUGA